UCGCGUCAGCCGGAAGCCUCGCGAGAAGAGCCGCUGCGGACCGAAAAGAUGGCGCUUCCCAGUCCCAGGGAGCAGCAGGCCCCGCCGGCGACCAGCGCGACCAAGCCCGACGGGGAGAUGGUGCUGCCGGGCUUCCCCGACGCAGACAGCUUCGUGAAGUUUGCACUUGGGUCAGUGGUGGCAGUCACCAAGGCAUCAGGAGGCCUCCCGCAAUUUGGUGAUGAAUAUGAUUUUUACCGAAGUUUUCCCGGCUUCCAGGCAUUUUGUGAAACACAAGGAGACAGGUUGCUUCAGUGCAUGAGUAGGGUAAUGCAAUACCAUGGGUGCCGCAGCAACAUUAAGGAUCGAAGUAAAGUGACUGAGUUGGAAGACAAGUUCGAUUUACUAGUUGAUACCAAUGAUGUGAUUCUGGAGAGAGUGGGUAUUUUACUGGAUGAAGCCUCAGGUGUGAAUAAGCAUCAACAGCCUGUCCUUCCUGCAGGACUGCAGGUCCCCAAAACAAUUGUGUCCAGCUGGAACCGGAAGGCAGGAGAAUAUGGCAAAAAAGCAAAAUCUGAAACUUUCCGACUACUGCAUGCAAAAAACAUCAUCCGACCUCAGCUCAAGUUUCGAGAAAAGAUUGACAAUUCCAAUACUCCAUUUCUUCCUAAAAUCUUUGUCAAGCCCAAUGCUCAGAAGCCCCUCCCUCAGGCUCUCACAAAGGAAAGGCGGGAACGCCCUCAGGAUCGUCCUGAGGACUUGGACGUCCCCCCUGCCCUGGCAGACUUCAUCCACCAGCAGCGAACACAGCAGGUCGAGCAGGACAUGUUUGCACAUCCUUAUCAGUAUGAACUUGAUCACUUUUCUCCACCAGAUUCAGUGUUUCAGAAGCCCCGACCCCAGUUGUACCGACCUGUGGAAGAAACACCCUGCCACUUUGUGUCCUCCCUGGACGACCUUGUGGAGCUCAACGAAAAGCUCUUACAUUGUCAAGAAUUUGCAGUAGACUUGGAGCAUCACUCUUACAGAAGCUUCCUAGGACUGACCUGCCUGAUGCAAAUUUCCACCCGAACAGAAGACUUCAUUGUGGACACCCUGGAGCUCCGCAGUGACAUGUACAUUCUCAACGAGAGCCUCACAGACCCGGCAAUCGUUAAGGUCUUCCAUGGUGCUGACUCCGACAUAGAGUGGUUACAGAAAGACUUCGGGCUCUACGUGGUGAACAUGUUUGACACACACCAGGCUGCUCGGCUUCUCAACCUUGGUCGUCACUCACUUGACCACCUGCUGAGACUCUACUGUGGUGUGGAGUCAAACAAGCAGUAUCAGCUGGCAGACUGGAGGAUACGCCCUCUGCCAGAGGAAAUGAUAAACUAUGCGAGGGAUGACACCCAUUACCUGCUUUACAUCUAUGACCAAAUGAGACUGGCGCUGUGGGAGCGAGGCAACGAGCACCCUGCGCAGUUGCAAGUGGUGUGGCAGCGGAGCAGGGACAUCUGUCUCAAGAAAUUCGUCAAACCCCUCUUCACGGAUGAGUCCUAUCUGGAGCUAUACAGGAAGCAGAAGAAGCACCUGAACUCACAGCAGCUGGCCGCCUUCCAGCUGCUGUUCGCCUGGAGGGAUAAGACAGCCCGCAGGGAGGACGAGAGCUACGGAUACGUUCUGCCAAACCAUAUGAUGCUAAAGAUAGCUGAAGAGCUGCCUAAGGAGCCUCAGGGCAUCAUAGCUUGCUGCAACCCAGUGCCCCCUCUUGUUCGGCAGCAGAUCAAUGAGAUGCACCUUUUAGUCCAGCAGGCUCGAGAGAUGCCCCUGCUAAAGUCUGAAACUGCGGCUGGAGUGAAGAAGAGUGGACCACUGCCCAGCACUGAGAGAUUGGAGAAUGUUCUCUUUGGACCCCACGACUGCUCCCACGCCCCUCCAGAUAACUGCCCGGUCACCCCAAUUGUCGGGUCUGUGCCAGUUCGGAAACAGCCGAGCCUCUUUGCGGACGGAAGAGAGGAGCCAUCUCUGGAUACCAGGUGCCUUCUUGCUACAGCUGUCAUCACGUUGUUCAGUGAACCUAGUGCCGAGGAAAAUGGAAUGACUCCAUUGACAGUUGCACAGAAAAAAGCCCAGAAUAUAAUGGAGUCCUUUGAAAACCCAUUUAGGAUGUUCCUGCCUUCUCUGGAACACAAGGCCCACAUCUCUCAAGCAGCAAAGUUUGAUCCUUCCUCAAAAAUUUAUGAAAUCAGCAAUCGCUGGAAGCUGGCCAGCCAGGUACAGGUCCAGAAAGACUCUAAAGAGACGGCCAAGAAGAAGGCAGCUGAGCAGACAGCUGCCCGGGAGCAGGCAAAGGAAGAGUACACGGCUGCGGCGGGACAGGCCAUCCCUGUGCGGCAGCAGGCUGCGCUAGAAAAUGCCACUAAGAAGAGAGAGAGAGCCACAAGUGACCCGAGGGCCACAGAACAAAAGCAAGAGAAGAAACGACUCAGAAUCUCCAAGAAACCAAAGGACCCAGAUCCCCCAGAAAAAAAUUUUACCCCUUAUGACUACAGCCGGUCAGACUUCAAGGCUUUUGCUGGAGACAGCAAAUCCAAGCCUUCCUCCCCAUUUGACCCAAAUAAGCCAGCGCCUUCUGGCAAGAAAUGCAUUGCAGCCAAGAAAUUUAAACAGUCGCUGGGGAACAAAAGCAUGUCUUUUCCAACCGGAAAAUCAGACAGAGGCUUCCGGCACAACUGGCCGAAGAGAUAGUGUUGGAGGAGACCCCAUAGCUGCAGGCUGGAGGCACCAACUGGCACUGCUGGUUUUGUACAGACUCAUUUUUAAAUCAUUAAAAUUAAUUCCUACUGGAA